AUGUCCGCCACGAUGAGAUCGGCCCGACUGGUGCGCAACACCACGGCCCUGCGGCCUAGCCUGACUGCGCGCACUCGUGCCAGCGCACUGGGCCCGGCCUCGGUGGCUACGGCCAACACCCUGCUAUGGAACGGACGCGGUAUCCCAUCGCAAGUGUCGGCCCUCGCCAUUUUGAUCCCCCACCAGCGCGGAUAUGCGACCGAGCAAUCCACAUCGACCUCGUCCCAGUCAUAUCCGCCUCCUGGCUUCAACGCCGAGCAAGCGAAAAAGCCGCUGCCUCAGGAUCAGAGCUCGUCUUCGCAAUCGGCGACUCAGCCCGCUGCCUCGAAGUCUCAAUCGCACACCGUGAGCGAUGCUAAUACGCAAGCGCGCGAAACGACCGUGGCCAAGGCGACGGAAGACCAGAAGAAGGUGGCCGAGGAGAAGAAGGAGACUAAGAACUUGACUAUGGGGCAGAAGAUCAAGAAGGAGGUGCAGCACUACUGGGAUGGCACGAAGCUGUUGGCUACAGAGGUUAAGAUCAGUUCCCGGCUGGCAUUGAAGAUGGCGGGAGGCUAUGAGCUGAGCCGGAGAGAGCACCGCCAGCUUCAACGCACUACCAAGGAUCUGGGCCGCUUGGUCCCGUUCUCGGUCUUCCUGAUCGUUCCCUUUGCGGAGCUGCUGCUCCCCGUUGCCCUGAAGAUCUUCCCGAACCUCCUACCCAGCACCUACGAGGGCCAGAAGGCCCGUGAGACCAAGGCCCUGAACCUCUCCUCGACCCGCAAGGAGGUUUCUGGGUUCCUCCGGAACACUCUGCGGGAGACCGGUCUGCCGCUGACGGCAGCCACGGUAAAGAACGAGGAAUUCGCGGAUUUCUUCCGCAAGAUCCGUACCACGGGCGAGUCUCCGUCGACCCAGGAUGUUAUUAAGGUCUGCAAGAUCUUCAAGGAUGAUCUGACUCUGGACAACUUGUCGCGGCCGCAGCUGGUGGCCAUCUGCCGCUACAUGAACCUUAACUCGUUCGGUACGGACGCCAUGCUCCGCUACAAUAUCCGACACCGCAUGCGCCAGAUCAAGCGGGAUGACCGCGCGAUUUUCUACGAGAGUGUCGACUCGCUGUCUGUGCCCGAGCUGCAGAUGGCCUGCGCGUCGCGUGGCAUCCGUACACACGGAGUGUCGCCCGCGCGCCUGCGCGAGGAUAUCUCCAUGUGGCUCGACCUACGUCUUAAGCAGGGCGUCCCGUCCACGCUGUUGGUCCUGAGCAAUGCGUAUAUGUACACGCAGGGCGGCAAGGAGUCGGAGAUGGCGUCGCAGAUCGACGCGCUCAAGUCGGUGCUCUCGAGUAUCCCCGAGGAGCUCUUCCACGAGAUCGAGCUCGAGGUGCAUAACGCCGAGGGCGCUGCCACUAACAAGCAACGUCUCGAGGUCAUCAAGGAGCAGGAAGAGCUCAUCGAGGAGGAGAACGAGCAGAACAGCGAGAACGAGGGCAAGGGUGUCACCGCGCCCAAGGACACCGAGGACAUCGACGACAAGGAAGAAACUAAGGUCGAGGCCACAUCUGGCAACUCUUCCCAGCAGUCUGCUGAAGCUAGCGAGGCUCUGUCUGAGGGUCAGCGAGCCGAAUCCGAGCAGGCCGGGUCGGCCGACACGCCCAAGGAGGGCAAGAAGACGAGCGAGAGCUCGUAA